AAAAACACAACGACAAGAACAAGCUGGUUUUCUGGGGCUUUUUCUCAAACCAGCAUAACAAUUUUUCUCAAACACUACUGCUAACAUCCCAGACACUUAUCCACAAAUUUCAAAAAGCUAACACAUACAGUAGAGACCAAAAGUUGGGCACAACCUUCUCAUUCAAUGGGUUUCCUUUAUUUUCAUGACUAUUUAUAAGGUAAGAAAGCCCACUUAUUAACCUGACAGGGCACACCUGUGAAAUGAAAACCAUUUAAGGCGACGACCUCUUGAAGCUCAUCAAGAGAAUGCAGAGUGUGUGCAAAGCAGUAAUCACAGCAAAAGUAGGUGGCAGCACUACUGCAAUGCUGGCUGCCAGCCGCCAUAACAACAGAAGAAGAAGAAGCAAACGAGAAACAUAAACAAGAAACAGAGGAAAUCAUGCCACAUUCUACGAAGAAGGUUCGCCAGUCUGAAGCUAUUAUGAAGUCAGAUUACUACCAAAGACUGAACAGUGUUGCCAGGCGACGCUAUGAUGAUAAAAUCUCCGCUGUGGGUGAAGAUCCGUAUCUAAUCCCCCCAACGCAGCAAAAACCCGCCAGAGAGUGUCGCAUCGAGGAGCUGCCAGGCCUGUGUUACCCUGAUAUAUUCAUGUUUCUCAUCGAGGUACCAGGGUACAGCGCAGGCGCACUGAAGGCAUACAAGAGCCUGGACGCUUACCGGUUCUUCCUCCGUGGCUGGGUCAGAUCUCUGAUGCUGUGCACCAGGAAAGACAAGUUCAUCAUAACCAGCAAGGUGAUCCAGUUUGAAGGCCUUACUGAGAAUCCUCAUCCUGUGUGGACCAUCAUCGAGCCCAGUGGCCUCGUCGUUUCUGGUCAUUGCACAUGUAUGGCGAGUUCAGAUGUGGUCUGUUCGCAUGUUGCCGCCACGUUGUUUGCACUUGAUGCAUGUGUGCGCAUCCAGCAGGAGAAGUCAUCCCCCGCCCUCCAAAACGCUCCGCGUCGCCGGCGGAGUGUGGAACCUGCGCGUGACGUCAACUUUUCAUACCCAAAUAAGAGGAGAAAGACCAUCGAUGAGAAUUCAAGACAGUCUACACCUUCAGUUCCACCUGCCACAGCGGAGGAAAUAAAGCAGUUCUAUGACAGCCUCGCCAGUUCAGGUGCUAAGAGUGUAGUUUUGUCUGUCCUGCCAGGCUACUGCGAGGAGUUCAACAGUUCCAACUGACAUGACCUUUUAUUAUUUUUUUAUAUGGAUGUAUAAAUGUAUAUAAGAACCCCAAACCACAAUAAUUGUAUAAAAUGUAACACGAGGCUCCUUUUCUAUAUACAUUACCAUUAUGUAGAUUCAGUUCAGUUUAAAAAAUAUUUUGUCCCAAAAACACAUUAGAAGUUGUAACUCCUCCAACUGUCUUCAACGAGUCAUAGUGGAUGGUGGUGCUGAUGGCAGGAAGGAUUUCCUGCAGCAGUCAGUCUCGCAGCAAUAGCUUCAACAAGUAAGAGGCCUCUGACUGAAGAUAGCUGAACAAUGGUCUUGUGCUUCAUUGCAGUGGUCUGAGGUUUGAUUAUUAACCUGGAGAGCUUUGACACAUGUCAAAACAAUUUUCAUUUGAACUAGCACUAUAUACAUCUCAUUAUUUAGUAGCCGUUUUAUCAGUUAGCGGAUAAUCCUAGAUGUAAUGAUUACCUUUUCUUUAGAUUUUAUUUGAAUUGCUUUCCAGCAGGUGCUCUACAUUUUGGUCCUUGGGGAUGUUUCCUUUCUAAUGGGAUCCUGCAGCACUGAGAAGGUCAUGCAGUCAUUCAAAUGUUUUAUUUCUCUUGUUUUAUUCACACUUCAGUUACUUUAGGUGAACAAACAAUGAAUGGGAAUGAGCAACGUCCUGGUUGAAAAGAUGCUCUCUCAAACUGAUGGUUCAGUCUUGCCUUUGCAUGUGAACACACUGUAAGAGCUACAAAAUAUACAAAUAAAAUACCACAAAUAACUCAAA